AUGGAACAAGUCGACGUUACUGUUAUCGGUGGAGGCCCAACUGGUCUCUUCGUAGCCCUCCUCCUCCAACAGCUGAACGUCUCAGUACGAGUUCUCGAUGCGAAGCCUUCAACGCUAGAGCUAGGUCGCGCCGACGCCCUCAAUGCUCGUACUCAGCAAUACUUCGAAGUUGCAGGCAUUCUUGAUGAGCUUCUACCUCAUGGUCUCAAAUGCAAUACCAGUUCAACAUUCAAAGAGGGCGAUUUCAAGUCGCGUCAGAAUGCUUGGUGGGUUGGCAUUGAGCAUGCAUUGCACAAGAACUUUCUCAUGAUCGGUCAGCCCGAAGUGGAAAGAGUUAUGCGACAGCGUCUGGGAGGUAAAGUGAGCUACAACGAACAUGUAACAAGCGUCGUCGAAGAAGACGGCUCUGUCAAAGUCACGACGAGUUCGGGUCGGACCGUACGAAGCAUGUAUGUCGUUGGUGCGGACGGUGCACGAUCUUUCGUCAGAAAGUCUCUGGGUAUCAGCUUCACAGGAACGAAACCUGAGAUGACCUGGGCUGUUCUCGAUACUUUCUUGGAUACUGAUUUUCCUGUUUGUCCCGAGAUCAUUACCUUCGAGCUUGAUGGGGAGUCAAGAGUGGCGUGGAUUCCACGUGAGCGAGGAAUGUCUCGUUUCUAUGUCUUGCUUAAGGGUGAGGUCACGCGACAACUCGCCGAAGAAUCUAUUAAGAAGCAUCUCGCGCCUUACCGAGUUGGUUUCACAAAGACAGAGUGGUUCAGCACAUUUACUGUUAAGGAGAGAAUUGCUAGUAACUUUAUCUCCAAAGAUGGAUAUGGCAGAAUUAUUCUUGCUGGAGACGCCGCACACGUUCACUCCGUCAAUGGUGGCCAAGGCCUUAACACCGGUGUCUCUGAUGCCUUCGCUUUAGCUUGGCGUUUAUCAUCGCUUGUGACAUCAUCUGGGAUCACUGCCAGAGCGAAACAAGAUAUUCUCAGUAGCUACGACAUUGAGCGAAGAGGUACAGCCGCUCAAGUCAUUGGAGUGGCGGCAGCGUUGGUUAGGGACACGGUCCAUACAGCCAAGAAAUAUGUCUCUACCAUUGAACGAAACGCUGGGUAUAUCACAGGUAUGGGUGUCAACUACAACGAGUUCGUCACGCCUCUUGUGCAGGGUGUGGAACAGGGGAUUUGGAAGCCGGGAUAUCGCUGCCCCGAUAUGACUCUGCACACUGACGCUGGCGAAGCCACCCGACUGUACGCCAAUGUUUCCUACGGGCACUUUUUCGUUCUGUCAAUCGGGAAACGCAUCUCCGCUGAUCUUGUUCCGUCUGUGGUAUAUAACAUUUUGCCACAUGAUACGGUUAAUCAGGCUGUUGAUUGGGACUUCACUGCCGAUUGGCUUACGGCUGGAGAUUCCCUGGUAGUGGUUGUGCGACCGGAUAUGUAUGUCGGUAACUCGUCACCUGCUCAUAACAAGGUCGACAAGCUAGUUUCUUCUUGCGACUUCACAGUUAUCAACCGAUUAUCAGUCAUGCAAGACCCCAAGGGAGCAGUCAGCAUCGGGAACAACCGCCCUUCAGUCCAUGAUGGACCCUCAGACGGUGGGCUGUUGGCCUGGCUACAGGUAGCUGGGUCGUUCUGUCUUUACUUCUGCACAUGGGGCGUCAUUGGAAGCUUUGGAAGCUUUCAGGCUAUCUAUGAACGCGAUGAGCUUACUGUUCAUACACCAUUCCAGAUAUCAGUCAUUGGUUCCUUGCAGACAUUUAUUAUGGUCUUUUCAGGCUUCAUCGUAGGACCGAUCUACGACUCUGGAUACUUCAGACACUUGCUUGGUGUCGGAUCGGUCUUUAUCGUAGUCGGAACUGUGCUUCAAAGCAUAUCCACAACGUACUGGCAGUACCUUCUGACACAGGGACUCAUGAUCGGUAUCGGUACUGGCUGUCUGUCUAUCUUGAGCGUGGCCAUUCCUUCAUUGUGGUUCACUAAGAGAUUGCCUCUUGCGAAUGGCCUUGCGGCGUGCGGAAGUGGACUCGGCGGUGUGGUUCUGCCAAUCAUGAUCCGGGAGCUCAGCAUCCAGACAACUCUUCAAUGGGCAACAAGAGCUAUGGCACUCAUUCUGCUAGUUCUACUGCUGUUCUCUAAUGUUGUACUUCGCCCCCGUGGGAGCGGGACGUCGCGACGACCGUUCGUUGAUCAGACUGCCUUCACUGACUGGCCUUAUCUGACGUUUGUCGUUGGAUGCUCUUCAGUCUUCUUGGGCAUGUAUACACCGUUCGUGUAUGUCCAAAGCUAUGCUCUUGAACACGAUAUUGUCUCGCCCGAUCUAGCUCUCUACCUUUUAGCUAUCUUAAACAGCAGUUCUAUCUUUGGACGUAUUGUGCCUGCUUUCCUGGCUCAGUACUUGGGACCUAUGAACACCAUCAUCGGAGCUACAGCAGGCUUGGCCAUCACAAGCUUCAGCCUUAUUGUGGCGACGACCGCGCCUCGCCUGCUUGCUACGGUCAUCGUCCAAGGUUUCAUUAACGGGUCCUUUUUCGCCAUGCAGCCUACGAUAUUUGUCAGGCUGACGGUUGAUCCUCGAAGGAUUGGAACUAGAUUCGGUAUGGCCUUCUCUGUGAUGUCGUUUGCACUGCUGUUCGGACCACCUGUUGGUGGUGCUCUGAGAAAGUCGUUGGGGUAUGCGGCGGCAUGGAUCUGGGCAGGGUCGACUAUUCUCACUGGAGUGCAAGUUGCUGGUAUUGCUCCCUGCAAGAAAUUGUAUCUUGACAACAUGAUUUCAUCUAUUGUACCAUUCAAAAAGGCUGUAUCCGUGGCUCAGCUUACGGAUGAUUCAUGGAGCGGCAACCUUAUCCAAGAUUACUGCGUAGGAGCCGUGCCAAACGGCGGGUAUGUUGCGAGCGUAAUGUACCAAGCAGUCGAGAGCCACGUUCGGAAUCUUGGUCUCAAACAAGACAUCAUUUCAGCUCAACUCCAAUACGUCAAUCGCACUCAGAUAGGCCAGGCAAAGAUCGCUAUCGAGACCAUCAAGAGCGGUCGCGCAACCUCCACCUUUCAUGCAGUCCUUCUUCACGGUACACGAAAGUGUGUUCUUGGCUACUUUGUAUGUCUGGCUCCGACACCAGGCGGCCUGACUCUCGCUACCGGCUGGCAACUCCUUCCUCCGGUCCCGCCUAUUGACUUUGAGCGCGCUGUCAAGGGAGGGGACCCAAGCUGGUCGUCAAAAGCGGGUCGUAUCCAGAUAGACCACUUGGCAUCUCUAGGGUUCGUGCGCGCAGUGGAAGGUGUCUUUGAGUCAUAUUAUCGGCGACAGCCCGGGCGCAAAGGCCUUGAAGAUGCAUGGAUUCGACUAUCAAGCGGAGAGCGCCUCAGCAACGCCACACUACCUCUUGUUGCGGACGCGAAGCCUUAUGUUGUUGAGGGCUGGAGACCACUGCCUGGCGAGAGCAGCGAAGCGGUGCCUUUCUCGAGGAAUGAUCCAUUUUGGUACCCGACACUUGUCAUGAACCUUGACAUCAAGAAGCUAUUGCCAAAAGAAGGUGUAGAGUGGCUGUUUAUCAGGACUGAAGCCAGGAAGAUAGAUCAAGGACGGCUUGACUUGCAGGUGAGUAUUUUGAAUAUGGAAGGGGACCUGGUUGCGGUUGCUAGUCAUGUGAACCUGGUUCUUUCAGCAUCGCGAAAUCUUGGGAACAAGAAGGCAAAAGCAACCAAAGGGAAGCUUUAA